AUGAAAGUUGCAUUGGCGCACAAAGGCUGGUGGGUUCGAAUACACAGAGCUGUUCGUGGCAUUUAUGACGACACGAUUGAGUCUUUCCCAGACUUCGUCAGGCGAGCCUACACGAGCGAUCGGCCUUCAGAACUGGGUAAGAUGGCGAUUGCGUUCGCUUUCGCUUCUGAUGUUGAUGGGUCCCAUAUCUACACCUUGGUUGACCGCCUCGUUGUCUCUGACAUGGCGUAUAUGUCUACUGUGGAAGGCUUGGAGUGCCUGAUCUUGCUGGCCAUACUCUAUGCGGACGAGGGCCAGCCCAGAAGAUCAUGGAAGAUCUACCGCAGAGGAGUAAUGGUCGCGCAUUUGACGGACCUGUACCAGGCUGGUCUCCGAUCAACAGCCAAGAGACGGCUCUGGCUAUCCAUCUACCAAGCAGACCGCAUGAUGAGCAUGUUCCUCGGGCUGCCGUACGGUUUUGUCGAUAUGCACCAUCAGCAACUCCUAGAGAUGAAGCCCGAAAAUGACUACUUGGAUUCGAUCAUGACCAUCCGCUGUGCGAUGAUAGCCGGAAAGGUUAUUGACCGAAACCACUCGCGUAUAAAGGCGUCUAUCUCUAAGACAGUGGAACUGGACGAGGAGAUGAAUGAGCUUGCAACGUCUUUCCCAGAAUUAUGGUGGGAGCUUCCUGACCGGGUCCGAGCCGAUGGCCACGAUUUCGACGAAAUCCAUGUCCGGCUGCACCAGCAACUCUUCUUCUUCCACCUGCGACUCUACAUUUACCUACCGUUCCUCAGCAGUUCCGAAGAAAACUCUGUGCACGGUUCAAUCGUGCGCAUCGCCAGCAAGGAAGCUGCACGAGAACUGCUGAGGCGCUACCUGUGUCUGCAUAGUGACGCGGAGGGGCUGAGCCCGUCUGAGUGCAAGCUCGUGGACUUUAUGGCAUUUACUGCCGCAAUUGUCUUACUUCUAGGUUGCUCAAGCUCCUCCGGCCCAAGGAUGUCAAGUGAUGGGAAUGACAUCGAGGCUGUGCUGUCUUUGAUUCGGUGCUUGCAACGCCAGGAGAAUCAAGAAAACUGUCCCAUCGCGUCGCAAUGUCGCAAGACGCUGACGGUGCUGCUGUCGAGAUCGAGCACGGACGAAGAAGUCCGCAUUCCGUUCUUUGGCACAGUCGUCAGAAAAGGCGACCGAACCGUAGAGCAGACCGCUCAGGCUGAUCAAAGCUUCAUAACAGACUCGCAUACGGGUGAUAGUCAUGCUUUACCUGCUGGCCAACCAUCCUUGCCGACGACUGGUACCAACUCUACUCCCGCGAGUGAAGACCUGGCGCUGCCGAGUUCUGCGUAUUCGGAGGCACCGUGGGAUUUGGAGCACCCCGGCCACAUGCCAGAACUGGGCUUCUUAUCCCAUCUAGAGGAUGUGUCGGCAGAUUUCGACACGGGCUGGGAGUUCAUCAUGGAUCUCGACAGCUUCUGA